AUGUGGGGAAAGCUGAACCAAUCUAUGCUUGGGAACAACGAAGAGCAGGGUGAAGAGGGUUUCUUUGAUGAAGAAUCCGAAGGCUUGUGUUCUCUGUCUGCUACUCAGAGAAUGUAUGCUUUUGGAGGUUGUUUCCUGGUUGGGAUGGCUUGUAUGUUCCUGUCGAUGAUCGUCUUUGCCAAACCCAUCAAAUUUGCCAUUUUGUUUACCUUUGGCAAUUUGUUGGCGGUAGGAAGUACAGCUUUCCUCUUUGGCCCUGCCCAACAAAUGAGAAUGAUGUUUGACACGGUCCGAAUCUAUGCCACAGCUAUUUACCUUGGUUGUGUUGUUCUAGCACUCAUCUGUGCUCUCUUGAUUCAAAGCAAAGUUUUGACACUAAUUGCAAUGAUAUGUGAGCUCUGCGCCCUUAUUUGGUACAGUCUGAGUUAUAUUCCUUUUGCUCGAAGUAUGGUGUCACAAUUGAUGAUUCGUUUAUGCGACACGGAGCUUUAGUUGGUACAAUUCAGAACAGUUUGGCGUGUUUUAGUGUUGAUUUUUUGUGAUGCGGUUUACUACUCUAAACCCUUAUUAGUUGAGUUUUCAAUAUUUGAGCAGAGUUAUGUUGUGUUUGUGAUUGCUACUGGAGCAUGUAAAUGUGUGAUUUGUG